UGCGCCCUCACCGUCGUCAUCGCUGUCGUCGAUACUCUCGCCCUGGUCUAGACUAUCUUAGCUGCCGUUCUGUCAGACGCUGAUUGACAGGUCCCAUCCACCCACUUUUCACUUCCAGCAUCCAGUUCAUUACACUACAUACAAUACCUGAUACAUGAUGGAGCUCUGUAGGUGCAUGAUGUAGACACUAUCACGCACAGUCACCAAUCACCAUGAGCGUUGGCCAAGCACUCACCAACCUGCCUCCCAUGCUGAGCUACGUUGAUCCUCCUUUUACCGACAUCGACCUGGACAUCAGAUGGAGCAGCCCACAUGGAGCAGUAAUGAGCAUCAAACAUGAGAUGAGAGUGGACAGUCAAAUGCAGACUUCAUCAAACACUGGCAUCAUUUACAGCCGCCGUCAGCUCGCCAACGUGCCAAUGUCUCGCGGGUGGGCACGCCAGUUGGAUCCAACCUCGUUUCCCCCGAAGCUCCGUCCUCUGCUGGCUCGCCUAUUCGUCAGUGAGCGAGCACAGCAAUGUUCAAUCCACCCUUGUGCACCCCUCUGCAUCUCUCUGCAAGGCCGGCACAUGCAUUCCUCCCAGAUACAGAUCGAAUGUGGCUCGAGUCUAAUAAAGCAUACGACUACGAAUAUGCAGACGAAGAGACGAAAUGCCAUCCGCACUGCCACAGGCAAAGUCCAAUCACACUCAACGUUAGAUGCCGAGCCCGCCAUACCGUCGAUCGAGCUGUGCAAGCAUGUGUUGCUGCCGUCAUACAAACAUGAUUUGCAACUUGCAGCACAAGUAAUAAGCGUCAGUAUCUUCAGGUACGAAUCUCACCUUCCCGUCCCUUGGUGCAAGGCACAAGUUGUGCCACCAGAUUUUGCCAUGAAGCUGACCCCUCGAAUAUUCAUUCGUGUCACAUUUCAUAUGAGGUACCAACAAACUUCUUGGAGGCGGGUUCCUUGCCUCGAUUGUCUUGCAGCCCCUCCAGCCAACUCAAGCUCGAAGCGGGCAUUUCUCGUUCCGUGAGGUCUUGGAUGGGUCUUCCUCAAUGAGGCGCAGUUCCCCGUGAAACAAGGACCCCAUCGCCAUAUCACAACCAGCACCAACAGCCCUGUUCAACGAUAUGGACAACUAUAAGGUCGAUAAGUGUCUUGACCGGAUGGCUUCUCAUUGCCCAAACUUCAU